CCGUCUCUAUUCUUUACCCCUUCUAUGUAGUCGUCCAUUAUGAAGACCAUCGUUAUAACAGGAGCCAGUGGCUUCGUCGGUCAGACCCUCGCGAAGAAGCUCCUCGAGACCUCCCCCGAUGUUCAGCUCAUCCUCUCUGACGUACAUGAGCCUCCGAUUCCACAACCAAAGUCCAGCAGCGUGAAAUGCAUAGCUGCCGACUUAACUAAUCCUUCAGCGUGUCAGUCGCUGAUAGAUUGCUCGCCCGAUGUCGUUUAUAUUCUCCAUGGCAUCAUGUCAUCUGGCUCGGAAGCAAACCUGGAGCUCGGGAUGAAAGUGAACUUUGAAAGCGUUCGCAGCCUCCUAGAUACCAUCAGAUUGAAGAAUCCUGGAACAAAAGUUAUCUUCACAUCGUCUUGUGCUGUGUUUGGGAGAGCCGCUGUCAAAAAUGUGGCCACCGAAACAGACAUCGUUCCAAUGCCGGAGAGCUCAUACGGCACGCAAAAGUUGAUGGUUGAGCUUCUUAUCAACGACUACUCCAGGAGAGGAUUAAUAGAUGGUCGAGUAGUGCGAUUACCUACCAUCUUCGUAAGAGCUGGGGCUCCAACAGCGGCGGCUUCCUCCUUUGUAUCUGGUAUUGUGAGAGAGCCAGUUCACGGGCAGGAGAGCGAGCUUCCGGUGGAUCCAGAUAUCGGAAUCUGGUUGGCUUCACCGCGUACACUAGCGCACAACCUUGUGCAUGCAAUGGAAGUUCCAGCAGAGAAGUUCGGGCAUUUCAGAACAGUACUGCUCCCUGGAUACACGGCGACGAGCGGUGAGAUCCUGCAAACAUUGGAAAAGGUUGCCGGAAAAGGAACAAGAUCACUGGUGAAAGAGAAACGCGACGAAACCAUCCAAAGAAUUGUUCUUAGCUGGCCGGCCAAAUAUGAUACUUCAAGAGCCAAAAGUCUGGGCUUUGCGGACGAUGUAGGGCUGGAGCAGACGAUAAAGUGCUUUAUCGAAUCAGUUAAGCAGGCAUCAUAG